GGAAGGGGGGAGAUAAUGGAGAGGAGGGUGGUGGUGGAGGAGGAGGAGGAGAGGGAGUCGAUUAGGGCGGCGUCGGAGGAGGUGGCGCGCCAAUUCACGACGCUGAUCGAUUCCGGGGACGUCGAAUCCAUCAAGCAGACGCAGCAUCUCAUAUUGGGGAGAUUGCAAGAUAGUAACGCAGUUUUAUCGCAUUUUAAUGAGUACUCUGAACGAUGUUUUGCUGAGUUGUCUGGUGAUUUUGCGAAGAGAACUCGGCUUUUGAAGUCCAUGAAAUCUGAUUUGGACUACAUUUUCAUGAAGUUGAGAAGCAUGAAGGCAAAGCUAGUAGCAACAUAUCCAGAUGCUUUUCCAGAUGGCUCGUCGACAAAGAUGCUCGAUCAAAGGCCUGACCUAGAAAUACCUCUUUAGUAGACUGUAGACGUCGUUACGUGCGGUAUUAUGAUCAUUCGAAGCUCGAAGCUCGAAGCUUUUGUUGGUGUAAUGGUUGCAUUUUUCUCUUCCGAAGAUCGAAAUGCCAAGAGGCGCUUGAAUUUUCUUUUAGUGCCUGUUUGGCUUGGCGCGAGCUUCUGCUGAGGUUAAGUUGUUUUGCCUGGUUGAUAGUAGGACCUGUCAGAUCUUAUGAGAAUGUGCAAAUGUUUAUAUUGUGGUAUUAAGUGCUCAAAAAUGCCAAAACACUAAUCUGGAAAAUGGAUGCAACAAUCCGAUAUUGGUAUGGGAAUUUGUUUUUCUCA